AUGGAGGACGCGGCGGUUCGCCAUCACAUGAGCUGCAUGUCUCCUGACUAUGUUGCCAAGAACUAUUCGCGGUCCGACGUGCUGCAGCACAUGGACCUCCUUAAGGAGGCGUCGGCGCUUAAAGAGGGCGUGCCGGCACUGCGGCUCGACAUGCGCGCGACCGAAAGCGGCGAAUCGACGACGACAGGCGACGAGAGUGAAACGGACGACUCGUCAAUUGGCGGGUUUUCGCUAUCGUCAGUGGACGACGUUUCGUGCACGGGCAUCAUGAAUAUCAGUUUCGCGUGUAGCGUGCGCGUCUGCAAGCGGAGCUUGACGGCGGCCUUCCAGCGCACCGGCGUCCGCGUUUUAGACUGCUCCCUAUUUCGAACAGUCCACGGCGAGUUCCUCCUCAAUCCGCUCAAGCUCGAAAUCGGCGCGCUUAUCGCCGUCGGCGCGUCUGGCGAGGUGCGUCGCGGCAGCUAUCAAGGGAAAGCGGUGGCUGUGAAGAUAAUGAAGGGUGACACUAUCGAUCGCCACGCGAGCGCGACGGAAUUCCGGCAGGAAGUGCAGACGCUCAUGUCGUGCGACGAGUGCCCGCGACUGCUCGAGUUCGUCGGCGUGUGCCUCGACACGCGCCGUCGCAUGUGCAUAGUCACGCGACUCAUGGAAGGCGGCACGCUCAGCGACCUUGUGCGACGUCGCCACGGCGAGCGACUCCCGCUCGGCGACGCCCUGCGAAUCGCGCACGACGUCGCAGAAGGCAUGGCGUUUCUUCACGGGCGCGGUGUGAUUCACCGCGACCUGAAAUCCGCCAACGUCCUCCUCGAUUCCGCCGGCCGCGCCGUCGUCGGCGAUUUCGGCGUGGCGCUGCUGAAAGGGGAGCGUGGCGACAUGACUAAGGAGGUCGGUACUUACCGUUGGAUGGCGCCCGAAGCUUUCGGCACGAGCGCGUGGCACGUGACGCACAAGAGCGACGUGUACAGCUUCGGAGUCGUGCUCUGGGAACUCGUCGCGUGUCAACUGCCGUUUGAGGAUUAUACUCCUUUACAAGCUGCGGUGGCGGUGGCGCUUAACGGAUUGCGGCCGACGAUACCGGCGGAGUGCCCGGCAAGGCUGCGGCGGCUGAUUGAGCGGUGCUGGGAUAAGUGCCCCGAGGCGCGCCCCGAGUUUGACGAGGUCGUGAAGGAAAUCGCGGCGUUGCAAGAGCAGUUUUGCCCAGGGACGGCUGUAUCUGGACAAUAG